AAUGAGCUAACCAGUUAGUUUGGAUGUGAUAAAUUUGGGGUCUGGACAGCAUUUGCCUCGUAAAACGACGUUAACACGUCUUUAUUGUAGGUUAUUAGUUUCAAGUAUUGAUAUUUUCCAGGAUUAUAUUUGUAGUCAUUAAGCUGUUAGUUCAUUAGGAAGGGUACUGAAAAAUGUCUGCCAUUAGCAUCUCUGAGCUACAUCCCAACAUUGUUCAGCCUAAAGUGGUUGGCAUCAUCAUAGGAAAAUCUGACACAAGGAGCUUCCCGGACCGAAAAAAUACUACUCAACUACGCUCCGAAGGCGUCUGCUCCCUCACGCUGCUGCUACUCUUCGCCUUUUGCUCCAAAGACAGCAAGAACUCGACUCGGUGAAAGAAACAACAUGUUGGUAUGGAGAGAUUUACUUUUGGCUUCACCAUCAAGGACUCUCCUGACUUCUUCAUCAAUGUGACGGCUUGGGGAAAUGAUGGGUACAUCAAUGGGCUCUAUGGCAGUUUCAGCAUCGGAGAUUGCGUCACCAUUGAAAAUCCAUUAGUGGCCACCAAAGACCCAGAAAAGGAUGACAGGUUCUGUCCAACAACACCAACUCCCUACAGGCUGAUGGUGACAGAGGUUCACUCCCAGGUGAAUAUGUGUACAGACAUUGACACCACAGAUAGCCUGCUGCCGCUGAUCCACCUGCCAGUUAAGGACUCCAGAGACUUCUACACUCUGGGAGACAUAGUGGCCAACGGACAGAGUCUGGAAGGAUCUUUUAUAAACAUACUUGCUGCUGCGAAAUCAAUUGGGGAGACUAAACUGUUCAGGACAUCCGAUGGACGCCAAGGACAGAGGCUGGAAGUGAAGCUUUUUGAUGAUUUGGUUUCCUCUUUUCCACUCAUCUGUUGGGACAGAGAAGCUAUUCAUCUUAUCCAGACUUCGGUAACCAAAGGGACUGUGCUCUUCCUAGCCGAUACAAAGAUUACCUUUGACAGCUUCCGCAAAGGAAUGAACGCAUCUGUCAACUCCAAAACGAUUAUCACCGUCAAUCCUGACACCCGGGAGGCCAGUCUGCUUUACAGCUAUGCUAAAGAGAUGGUGGAAUCCGGGGCUCUGGAAAUCGACAAGUCAGAGGAUAUGCCAGUGGAGUCCAUCACUGACGUGUACACGGUUAGUCAACUGAAGGAGAAAUCACAGGAAACUGUUGAGAUAUUCUUUGGCAUCACAUUCAGCUUCAUCUCCAAGCUGGACCUGGACUCUUCCGUUUCAAAAGUCAUCAAGACACGCUGCUCCAGAUGUAAAUUCCAGGCGCCUGAGGGCCUGCAGUGCUGCACUAACCAGUUGUGUCCGGGAAGGGGUCAAGUCUUUUCAGCCAACACAGGCUUUGACCUGCUGGUGGACCUCACAGACCACACGGGUACUCUGCACGCCUGCAGCCUCAGAAGCCCAGUGGCUGAGAUAACAUUUGGCUGCACUACAGAAGAGUUUACCCGUUUGACCGACGAUGAGCGCACUGCAAUGAAGUGGAAGUUUCUUUUGGAGAGAUGCAAAACAUAUGUGAAGAUCCUACCGUCCACUAAGACAAAGAGUGGGGUCAGAGCGGUUGUUCUGGCCUGCUCACUGGCUGACCCGGGUGAGGCGAAGCAGCACAUGUUGGCGCUACUGCAGCAGCCCUGAGCAACACAUAUAAAGUUAUUGUUGACUCUUUUCAUCUGUUAUUACAGUGACCAUUAGUAAACAGUAACAAUGGGUGUUGAGACUUUGUGUUUUGAUGCUUGAAAUUAUCUACUGUAUUUGUUUAUGUUUAUUCAUUAAAAAAACAACGUGUUUUUUGUUUUACAUUUUCACCUGUUAAAUUGCCUGUUCAACCUGUUUUACAGUAAAGUUGCAUUAAUUAUUCAUAUCUGAUGUAUUAUAUUAAAAUG